AUGCCUGUUCCCUUCGAGGCUCUCCUGCCCUGGGGCAUCAUCGGCACCAUGUUCUGCGUGACCGGUGUCGGCCUGCACUACACCAAGCGUCUUGGUAACGACGGCAAGAAGACCCGCUGGAACAGGGACCUGUGGGAUAGACAAAUGAUGGAGCGUGACCUCCGACUCACCGGGUCGUGGAGAGGGCAAUCCAGUAAUCCAGAGGCGCCGCCAGGGUUCGAGCUUAGCAACACUUGGAAGAUCGAGAGGCGGAUUUUCUAG